CGGAAGAACGAAAGAAAGAAAGAAAAAAAAGUCGUCGGUGGCGCCGGCGCGCUCCUCCCCUGCCGGCAAGCGCAAAGGAGACGCAAAGCUGCAGGAGGCGGGGAUCGAGGGCAACGUGGCCUUGGCUUCCUUCCUCCCCACGCGGCUAUAAAACCAUCGCGAGAUCCAGAUCUGGGCCGGAUCGGAUGCGCCCCACCCCAACGCUGCUCUCCCUCACCCUCGACGCCGCGCUCCUCCGCAUCGCCCGCCUCCAGGACCUCUCCCGCAUCCCCGACCACCUCCUCGUCGACCUCUUCCACAGAACUAUUAGUGCUGGUAAGCUGACAGAGAAAGUCCUCAAACUGUUUCUGGCAACUGACUGCGAGGAAAUUGUCUUGCUGGUCCAAUUGCUCAACAUUAAGCAACCCCUUGUACCUGUCCUACCCACAAGGUGCUCUGAGAAGUUCUAGAACUGCUGCUGGUUAAACCAUCAGCUGGGAAUAUGUCUUUGGAAGUUCAAGAUAGCGAGGUUGACAUUGUGAUUGCAGCACUCCAGCCCAACCUGACCUCUUUCUUUGAGGCAUGGCAGCCAUUUUUCUCCCGAUUCCAUAUCAUUGUUGUCAAAGAUCCAGACAUGGCAGCAGAUCUUAAGAUCCCUUCAGGUUUUGAUGUCAAGGUUUACACAAAGUCAGACAUUGAAGGAUUGCUUGGUGCCACGUCCAUCAACUUCUCUGGCCAUUCAUGCCGCUACUUUGGGUACCUUGUCUCACGCAAGAAGUAUGUCAUCUCAAUUGACGACAACUGCCUCCCGGCGAAGGACACCGCUGGGAUGACUGUUGAUGCUGUUACACAGCAUAUGAUCAAUUUGAAGACACCUGCUACACCUUUCUUCUUCAACACACUAUAUGAUCCAUACCGCAAGGGGGCUGACUUUGUCCGUGGAUACCCAUUUAGCUUGCGUGAGGGGGUUGAAUGCAUGCUCUCAUCUGGCUUGUGGCUGCACAAUGCCGACUAUGACCCAAUGACACAUGUCGUGAAGCGGAACCAACGCAACACAAAUUAUGUGGAUGCUGUCAUGACAGUUCCACUUGGUGCGAUGAUGCCCGUGAGCGGGAUAAAUGUAGCAUUCAACCGGGAGGUUCUGGGCCCCGUGAUGUUCCCUGGCCUCCGGAUACGCAAGGAAGGGAAGCACAGAUGGGAUACCCUUGAAGACAUAUGGAAUGGCUUGUGUGCCAAGGUAGUCUGCGACAGCUUAGGGUACGGCGUGAAGACUGGACUGCCUUAUGUGAUGAGGAGUGAUGCAGAGGCAGGCAAAGCCCUGGAGAGCCUGAAAGAUUGGGAAGGGGUGAAAGUGAUGGACAAUGUCCUUCCCUUCUUCCAGUCGCUCAAGCUGUCGAGGACCGCGGUUACCGUCGACGACUGUGUUAAGGAGCUAGCAAGCAUCGUGAGGGAGAAACUGGCACCGAAGAAUCCAAUCUUCGCCAAAGCUGCUGAUGCCAUGGAGGAAUGGACUAAACUCUGGAAAAGUCAUGGAGCUCAGAAUGCCUAGUGCUGGACUGCAGCUGCUUAUCUAUCAAGAAUACCUAAAGUUUUUCUUUCUUAGACUUAAAAAUUUCCAUAUGCGCUGUCAUGAAGCUGAAUAAACAAGUUCCUUUGUGUGGGGAAUGCGUGAUGUAGUAAUCAGGUGUUCGGUUGUGUAUGGUCAAUCAAGAUCAAAUGACUUACAGGAUUUGCAUGAAACUGUUCUGUUACCUCCUCUUUUUUGUCGAGGUUUUCAUCCGUUC